AUGUCGCUCGGAUCGUCGGCGGCAGGCGCGUCGUUCGGAUCGUCGGCGACGGGCGCUCCGUUCGGAUCAACGGCGAGAAGCAUGUCGUUCGGAUCGUCCAGUCUGCUGCGCGGCGACUCGUCGCGCGACGCGCUGACGCACGUUUCCUUCCACUUCCUUCCCCCUUUCCUCCCACCCUCCCCCAUCCCUCUCCCCACCCUUCCCCAUCCCUCCCCACUCCCUCCCCAACCACUCUAUCCACCAGCCCCGGCAGUGACGAGUGGUGGAGUGCAAGGUGACGCGGCGCAGGGGGGCUUGUGCCGGCGAGUGGUGGAGUGCAAGGUGAAGCGGCGGCGGGUGCCAAGGCUGGAUGCGGUGAUAGAAGCACCCUCUUCUUCCCUGUCCCCUGCUCCCCGUUUUCUCCCCGUCCCUUUUUCCCUGUCCCCCACUCCCCUGCCCUUUUGUAACCAUCAUCCCCGGCAGCGGCGAGUGGUGGAGUGCAAGGUGAAUCGGCGGAAGGUGCCAAGGCUGGAUGCGGUGCCGCGGCAGCGGCGGGUGGUGGAGUGCAAGGUGAAGCGGCGGAAGGAGCCGAGGCUGGAUGCGGUGAUUGAGAGGAACAAGAAGUUCCGCAUCGUGCAGAGAAUACAGGAGCUGCUGGGGAAACAGGAGGGCGGGCGCAUGAGUCUCAAGGAGCUGGGGAAGCAUCGGAGCAAGAUUGGGCUGUCUGGGGGGCGAAGAUGCGUGGCCCUCAUUCGCAGAUUUCCUUCAAUAUUCCGAGUGUACGAUAAGGGUGCAGGCAACAUCUGGUUUGAGUUGACUCCCGAGGCGGCACGGAGGGAUGCGCGGGAGAGGGAGCUGCGGGCCAUCAUGGAACCCAUCUUGGUGGAUAAGCUGUGCAAGCUGCUCAUGAUGUCAGUAACGCAGUCCCUCAGUGUGGAGAGCAUAGGCCAUGUGCGCAGGGAACUUGGUUUGCCAGAGGACUUCAAAACGUCCUUCCUCCCGCGCUUCACCGAUCGCUUCAGAAUAGCCACUCCCCCGGCAGGCCCUCUGGGGGUAACCCCUGGGGGGCCGGUGCUGGUGCUGCAGCAGUGGGACGAUCGCCUGGCUCUGUCAGUGGCUGAGGCGAACGAAGCAGCAGCUAUGGCUCGGGAAGAGGCGCUGGACGAGGCUCGGAGAGAGGCUCGGGAAGAGGCUCGGGAAGAGGCUCGGGAAGAGGGUGGUGAGGCUGUGGCGGCCGUUCGGCUGAGCUUGAAGCUCAACCUGCCCCCGGGUCUGAAGCUAAAGCAAUCCGACCUGCUCAGGCUACAGAGGUUCCAUGCCUCCCCUCCCAUCUCCCCUUAUGCAAACCCACUCGAGCUUGGGAUAUCACCUGAGUCUCUGGAAGCGGAGAGGCGUGCAGUUGCCGUGAUUCGGGAAUUUCUUUCGCUGACCGUGGAGAAGCGGUGUUUGAUCGACCAGCUGACGCACUUUCGAAAAGAUUUUCUGCUGCCCGCGAGGAUAUACGCGCUGCUGCUGCGGCACCCGGAAGUUUUUUAUGUUUCCGUGAAAGGGGUGCGGGAUUCGGUGUUCCUGCGGGAGGCUUAUGAAGGGGAGGUGCUUAUAAUGAGUGACGAGCUGGCGGAUGCUAUAGAGGAGAUGAGAGUUCUUAUGGAGGAUGGGCGGAGGAGGAUGAGGAGGGGGGAAGUGGGGAGCGGGGAGAGGGGGGGGUAUGGGAGUGGAGGGAGCGAGGAGGAGAGCGAGUGGGAGAGUGAGGAUGAGGAGUGGGAAGAGGAGGACGAGGGGGAUGAGGAAGGAGGGGAGGAUGAAGAGGAGUGGGGAAGGGAGGAGGUUCGGGAUAAAAGGGCGGUUCCAAGCGUUUGGAAGCGAGCAAAUGGGCAAGCGGUGGGGAGUGGUGGUAGAGGUAAUUCCAACGGUACGGAUGUGGAAGUGGGGAGAAGAGGAGGGGAGAGAGGACUUGGUAGAGGUGUGGGGAGAGGAGUGGGGAGAGGAGUAGGGAGAGGAGUGGGGACAGGGAAGAAUGAGGGAGAUAGGAAGGUGGUGGGGGUGGACAGGUGGGGGAGGGAAGAGAGUGGGAGUGUGGAAGGAGCUGGGUGGGUGCCUGUAGGGAGUGCAGUUGUGGAGGGGAGUGAGGGUGAUGAUAAGAGAAGGGGUCGAGAGAAGGAGAGAAAGGAAGAGGUGGAAGCGGAAGGUGUCGAGGGAGAGGUGGGAGAAGAGGGAGAGGAAGGGGAGGAGGAAAAGGAAAGGGGGAGAGCGCGUGCAGCAGGAGUGAGGGGAAGGGGAGAUGAGGUGAGGAAAGAGAGGGAAAGAGUGGGGAUGACAGGAAGCAAGGAGAGGGGGAGGGGGAAGGAGGCGUGGAGGAGCAAGGGCAUACACAGGCAGGGGCUGAUCAAAGACAGGUGGUGA